AUGCCAGGUAAUGGCCCUCAGGCUCAAGUGCCGUGUUCAUAUCAACAACAACUACACGGCCAGAUGGGUAGCCCAAACAUAUUUGGCUGCCCCAAAUUGAGGAAGACCAAAAGUUGCGAUAUUGGGAAGGGAUAUAGCAGUCACGGUGAUUGGCCAUUAUCCAGUCACCGUUAUGUGAUAACUGGGUAG